AUGCAAAUUCGUCAGCAGUUAAGAUCAUUUGCAAAUAAAGUUAGUGUUACACGAAAGGGCAAAGAGAGACUAAUUGUGAACAAGAUGACUAGUGAAUUUAACAGAGAGCAACUCGAGAGUGUUCUGAAAAGACGGUUCUUCUUUGCACCAGCAUUCGACAUAUAUGGAGGUAUUUCUGGUUUAUACGACUACGGUCCACCAGGAUGUGCUGUUCAGGCCAAUGUAGUGGAUACUUGGAGAAAGCACUUUGUACUUGAGGAAGAUAUGUUGGAGGUUGAUACUACUAUGCUCACACCGUAUGAGGUUCUUAAGACCUCAGGUCACGUCGACAAGUUUGCCGAUUGGAUGUGCCGUGAUUUAAAGAGCGGGGAAAUUUUCAGGGCUGAUCAUUUAGUUGAGGAAGUAUUGGAAGCUCGUUUGAAAGGUGACAAGCAGGCCCGUGGUAUUACGGAGAACCCAGAGGAAGAGGCCGAGAAGAAGAAGAAGAAGAAGAACAGAAAGAAGAAGGUGAAAGAGAUCAAGGCCAUAAAAUUGGAUGACCAGACAGUCUCGGAGUACGAGAUGAUUGUUGCCAAGAUCGACGGUUAUUCUGGAGAAGAGUUGGGCGAGUUCAUGGAGAAGUAUAAUAUUUGCAACCCUGCCACAGGUGAUCCUCUUGACAAGCCUCAGCAGUUUAACUUAAUGUUUGAGACUCACAUUGGACCUUCUGGUCAGAUAAAAGGUUUUUUGAGACCAGAAACUGCUCAAGGACAGUUCCUCAACUUUGAGAAGUUGCUUGAUUUCAACAAUGAAAAGAUGCCUUUUGCCUCUGCUGCCAUCGGCAAGUCUUUCCGUAAUGAGAUUUCGCCAAGAUCCGGCUUGCUACGUGUUCGUGAGUUCCUCAUGGCUGAAAUUGAGCACUAUGUCGAUCCGGAUGACAAGUCCCAUCCAAAGUUCCACACUGUUAAGGACAUGACCCUUGAUUUUUUACCACGUGACUUACAGGAGAAGGGCCAAACGGAGCCGGUCAAGAUGACAAUUGGUGAGGCUGUUUCGAAAAAGAUCGUUGAUAACCAGACAUUGGGAUACUUUUUAGGAAGAAUCUACUUGUUCUUGAUGAAAAUCGGUAUUAGCCCCAAGAAGUUCCGGUUCAGACAACAUAUGGCCAAUGAGAUGGCUCAUUAUGCCCAGGAUUGCUGGGAUGGUGAGUUGUUGACCUCUUAUGGCUGGAUUGAAUGUGUUGGUUGUGCUGAUAGAUCUGCUUACGAUUUGACAGUUCACUCUCGUAAGACUGGAGAGAAAUUGUGCGUUAGAGAGACACUUGCCGAGCCAAAGAUUGUCGAGGAGUUUGACUGUGAAAUUGAAAAGAAGAAGUUUGGUCCAAAGUUUAGAAGAGAUGCACCUAAGGUCGAGAAAUGGUUACUUUCACGAUCUCAAGUUGAACUCGAAGAAUUAGCACAAGAGCUUUCCUCGAAUGGCAAGAUUGUGGCCAGGAUUCCCGAUACAACCGUUGAAGAAGUGGAAAUUCCAGCCGACUUUGUCAAAAUCAAGAAGAUGAAGAAAACCGUUCACGUUAGAGAGUACAUUCCUAACGUCAUCGAGCCUUCUUUCGGUAUAGGGCGUAUUAUUUACUGCUUGUACGAACACUCAUUCUGGACCAGACCAGAAGACAGUGCUAGAGCAGUUUUAUCAUUCCCACCAUUGGUGGCUCCAACCAAGGUUCUUUUGGUUCCUUUGUCCAACAAUGCCACCCUUCAAUCCACGGUUAAAGACGUGAAGGAACAGUUAAAAGCUGCCAAGAUUCCAUUCAAAGUGGACGAUUCCUCGGCUUCUAUCGGUAAGAGAUACGCUCGUAACGAUGAAUUGGGUACUCCAUUCGGUAUUACAAUCGAUUUCGAUUCUGUGAAGGACAAUUCCGUCACUCUCAGAGAGAGAGACUCUACGAAACAGGUUAGAGGCUCCUUGAAAGAGAUCAUUAAGGCCAUUAACGAGAUCACCUACGACAGUAAAUCAUGGGACGAGGGCGUUAAGAACUUGACACCAUUUGAGAGCCAGACUGAAUAA